UUUGAUCUUACGUGUAUCGGUUUAUGGAAGGUAUGGCGGCGUAAAAGGGCAAUCUUGAUGGCCGAUUGUGUCGUUAUUCGUAUAAUGUUGAUCGUUGCAUGGUUAUGGCAAAUUGUUCGAGGAUCAGAAAACUACGACGAAAGGGAUUCGUUAGAUUCUUAUUUUUACGGCAAUGCAUUCGAGGAAAUCCACAAUCCUCGUACUGGUAGACUAUACGAUGUUUCUCUCCCCGCAAAUUUGUCGGGGGUACAAGUGUCUUUUGUCCGCCUUAGAGCCCGUAAUCUGUGGAGAAGCGGUGCUAAUCACAGCUUAUUCACAAUCCCACCUUUGGCAUUGCCUUUCCCGUUUGCGAAAAGAGUCGAUUUAGUGUAUCAAAACCUAGGAAAUUGGUCUUCGAAUUAUUAUAGUGUCCCGGGUUAUAAAUUUGUAGCUCCUGUUAUCGGAUUUCUAGCCUACGAUUCAAAUAAAAGCUCGAUAAAUUACGGACUUAUUGAGCUUAAAUUAAUGGGGGAUGAUCCCAUUAUUGUUCACUUUCCGGAUAUUUUCGUUGAAGAAAACGGUAUGAAAUGUGUUCGGUUCGACACUAAUGGCACGCUUGAGUUGAGCAACGUGGAGACGAAGAAUUCGUGUUUAGUGAGAAGGCAAGGCCAUUUUUCCGUGGUUGUACCUUAUUAUCAAGAAAAGAAGGAUAAAGUUGUAAUUAUUAUCAAGUGGUGGAUGAUUGUGGGGAUUGCAUGUGGUGGAGUUGUGGGAUUAAUAAUCUUGAUUGUUGUGAUUUUCGUUGCGUACAAGUGGAUUAAACGGAAGAGAAUCAAGAACAUGGAGAGACAAACCGAAAGAAACGAGGGAUUGGACACGAUUUGGAUCGGUCGGAGCAGAAUGCCUUCUGCUGCAUGUGUUAGAACACAACCAGUUCUUGAAAAUAGCUAUCUUCCUUAACUUUUAAUUUACUUUUUACACUUCUUGAAAUUUUAUUGUACUUUUAAAAAAAAAAUAUUCUACUUUUCUUGCCAUUGAUCAAUCAUUGUUUAACUGUAAUAUGUUGUUUGGUAAGUGUGUGUGUGUGUGUGAGAGAGAGAGAGAGAGAGAGAGAGAGAGAGAGAGA